GUAAGUUUUGGUUCCAGGAUGUCACAGGAGGAGGACCUGGGAAGUUGAGUUAGGAGAGAGUGAGGAGGCGCAGCGGCCUGAGGGGCUGUGGAUGGCGGCAGUAUGGAGAGUGGCAGUGGAGGAGGGCAAGGCGCAGAGACCGGGCUUCUACAGCAGAUCCUAAGCUUGCGCCUUGUGCCAAGAGUCGGAAACGCAACGAUAUGUCCAAGCGCCACCACCCUGUGCGCCUUCCCUGAGAUGUGGUAUGGUGUAUUCCUAUGGGCCCUGGUCUCUUCCCUUUUCUUCCAUAUACCUGCUGGAUUGCUUGCUCUGUUUACCCUCAGACAUCACAAGUACGGAAGGUUUAUGUCUGUCGGAAUCUUUCUUAUGGGCAUCAUUGGACCAAUAUCUGCUGGGAUUUUAACAAGUGCUGCCAUAGCUGGUGUCUACAGAGCUGCAGCCAAGGAAAUGAUCCCCUUUACAGCUCUUGUGCUUGGCGUGGGGCAGACUUUCUGUGUCCUUAUAGUUUCCUUUUUAAGGAUUUUAGCUACCUUGUAACAUAAUGGAAGUGGAAUCUUAAAAAAAUGGACUUUGGAUUUAUAUUUUCAUUCAAUCUUUAUUUUGUUACUUUGUGUAACAUACUGGAGACUUGCCCAUACUUUAUUACAAACAAAUCUACAACACAAUGGAAUAUCAGAUGAUAUUUACACCUAUCCAAAACACAAUAGCUUGAAAUGAAGCAGAAAAAAACCAGAUUCUUGAUACAUGUGGUAGUCCUUUAACUGAUUGUGCUUUUAUGUACACACAAAAUAAAACGUGGCAUGGCUUUUGUUACAGCUCCCAAGCAUCUGCAGCAACUGACAUAUAGCCAGUGGACUUUCUUCCUACCGUAAUGGUGCUGCUGAAUUUUGUGUUUUUUUAUGACAAACUGUUUAACCUGCAAAAAGCUCCAUGCAGAUGUUCACAGUGCUCUCUUUGUAUCACUGCUGCACUGUUUUUAAGAGCAACUAUUAAAAAGUACAUAGUCUGGACUUUGCACCCAGCAAGAUAUGAAAUGCCACCUUUUUUCCUUUUAGAAAGGAACAUGUUUUUUAAAUAGUUUUAAUUAUUUUAACAUAGAUUUUCAGUUAUUCUCUCUGCUGCUAAAUGUAUAAAUAUCUCCUUUUCUGAUCUUAUAUUACUAUAAAUGGUUUUUAUUCAUAAAUGAUUUUAUUGCUGUUCUGGUUCACUUUGGCUAAGAAUGCCGUGCUUGCUAAAUGGUAGUAUGCUGUAUAUUUUCUUACAGCCUAUCACAUUUUAUAAACAUUUCCAAAAUUCUGUACAUCUAAGUAAAACUGUUGUUAAGCUUUUGAACUCCUAUCCCAAAAAGCCUCAUUUCAGUAUCAAUGACUAAUAUUAAGGUAUGACCUUUUUAAUUUUUAUAUAACCUUUUUAGCAAAAUUUUGAGGGCUCUGGUUAAUUAAAUUUGUACAGUUUUGGCCAAGCAGUUAUUACUUUUACAAAGGAAUUGUGGCUAUAAUAACAUGUAAAUAUUAGCUGCAGUCAUCAGCCCUCAAAUCUUUAAACAAUACAUAUGAAUUGUCUUCCUUUUACAUAUGUAAUAGUUUGUAUUUUAUCCUCUUGCCUCUAAACAGGGAAUGUUUACAAACCAGAUGUUUUCCCCAGCAUUUUCUGAUAGCAAAUAAAUAAGAGAUGGGAAUAAUAUUUCUACAUGUACAAAUAUGAAAAACAAGCAAUGAAUGGGCAUUAAACACUUUAAGAUUAUAAUAUUUAAUUAUGCAAACUUUACAACACACUUUCAUUUUUUAUUUCCCCCCCAUUUUCUGUAAUUUAACUUAGCAUGGGGAGGUAAGAUAAGGAACUGCAAAAUGAUAGGUUUACUAACACAUUUUAAAAUGUUCACACGGACUCUCCCAGUAUGCUAACUUAAAAAUAUUGUAAUUGCAAAGUGUUUAAUGUCCUUUUACGUGCAUCUGAAUCCAUUGCUCUUGACAUACAUCUUACACCUACUAAAACCUUUAAUUUGUUUGAUAGAAUUCUAUGUCCUUGUAAAAUAUUUGCUACAGCCUAGCCCAGGGAGAUAUAUCUCUAUGCACCAUUUAUUAGGAGCAGAACAUCCUUGUCAUGAUGGUGCUGCAGCAGUAACAACCUCUUUGAAUUACUCGAGGUGUUGAGUCUUAUAAAAAUGAUUGUCUGAUGGUAAAACCCUUUUUAAAUUCUGUAGCAUCUAACCUUUCCUAUGAUACAUUCUCAUUCUGUUAUAAAAUAAGGAUGCAAGCAGAAAACAAUUGCACACAAAAUCUAUUUACUCCAAAACCACAUUCUUCCACUUAAUAAGUAUAUGAGCAAGUUUCUUUUAACUAAAACUUAAGUUCUCUUUUUCCUUUUCUAGCAUUCAGCUUUACAAACUAGAUAGAGAACCUACUAAUCUGUGAUGGGUAAGUGAUCUGAUUGGUAGAGGGAACAGUACCAGAAAUUAUGUUUUUAUACAAUUUAAUCACAUGGCUGUUUUAUUCUUUGAAGGGCUGGACCAAAUUAUAUUUUUGUCCCUAAAGGAUUGCUAAUGUCCAUGCUAAAGGCGUUUACUUUGUGACUUACUGACGUAAGAAUGUGACAUUUUCAAAGUGGAUUAUAACUCAGAAAAUCUACCUUUGUUAAUUAAGACCCAUUAUAAUUACUUGGUAUACUAAAUUUACACACAGACAAAUAUAUGUGGUAAAUUUAUACACAGACACAUUGUAAACAUAUAUGUAAGGUACACACUCACUAACUUUAUUAAAGAAACAUAAUAUUAAACACAUCUUCAUUUGACUUUACACAAGAAGCUGAAGAAGUUUUGUUUAAUUUUUGCACUAAUAUUUCAAACUAACUGAUGUACAGUUUUUAUUCUUAUAUUUUAAUAAAUGCUGUGGUUUCUUUCAGGCAA